AUGGCGCGCAGUGCUGUUUAUGAUCACACAUUGGUUACAAUCUUCAAUGCCAUUAAAGUCUGCGAACAAAUUUCCCAAACACCUGCAACACCUGCAACAGUUGCAACACCUGCACCGACUGUGACACAGGUUGAUUGGAUACAAUUCCAUGGUGGAAAUGGUGGUUUCCAUUUGGAUACAAACACCAAACCCAAGUCAUACGUUGGUCCAAUUGCUGUCCAUGAGUUUGAAGGACGUGGUCUGGGCCUUGUUGCCACGCGCAAAAUCACCGCUGGUGACGUGCUGCUCAUUGAAGAUGCUUUUGCUAUGUCGAGCACAUGCGGUGCUUUGAUAUCACAAGCAACAGCUGAGCUUGCACGAACAUGCUGCAACAAAUUUGCCGUUGCGACACCUCUAGAAAUGUCUGCAUUUUGGUGCCUUCACAGUCAAAGCGACUGUCAAAACCCGAAUUGGAAGGAGAUUGGUCGUCGGAAAACCAUCUUUGAAGAGUAUCUUGCUCAUCUCCACGCGGGUGAAAUCCACAACAAUUCAAUGCAGUCAAGAUACGUACCCAAGCCUUGUUUGGAAAAACAAGACAAGGCCGUGGCUUCCAUUGUUUCAUCAAACAGUCGUAAAACAGAGCACUGGAACGCAUGGACUCUACUUUUGGAUGAAUCGGAAUCUCUUGGUGGCUUGUGGUUGGCAGCAUCUCUAUUCAAUCACUCUUGCCUUGGGAAUGUUGUCAUAAACUAUGGGUCCAGCAAGGAGUGUGGCUCGACAUUGGUUGCACGUGCGGCUACAACAAUUGAGACUGGCGAGGAGCUCCUUCAUACUUAUGUGUACCCUUUUGACACAGUGCACGAGAGGCAAAAGAAGCUACAACAUAUUUAUGGUUUUCACUGCUGCUGCGCCAGAUGCGCACUAGAGGCUCCACAUGCAUUGGUUGCUUCGCAGCUGGCAGACAGAUUGGAGUCGGAACUUCAGAAAUUCUCUGCCGCUCGAGGCAAGGGAAUCAACGGAAGGAAUGACAUGGCCAAAAUCGUCAAGAUGAUUCGAUCAGUACUGGCAUCAGUUGACAAGGCAGCUGAGGAUUUAUCUGCAGGUUUGCGGAGACUGUGGAGGUCGCAAUUUCUUUGGGGUGAUCAUGGUUUGGCCAUGGCUGCUCAGGAAGCGGGCCUGUUCCAAGAAGCUGUUGAUGCUUUCCGCAACUGUGUAUCGCUUGUCGCCAUGGUAGCUCCAAGUUCAGAGUAUGAAUUGAAAUAUCGAAUGAUGCUGACGCAGAGCUUGUCCAGAUGGGCUUUGUCUGCACCCGCGAGCAAUUUGCCAUCGGCUGACGACCUGAAGGAGGCCUUGAAACAUGCAGAAGAGGCUCACAACCGCCUCUACGGAGGUGGCGGCCGCCACUUUGUUUGCCGCAUGAAGAAGAGGCUAGAAGAUGUCUACGCUGCUUUAAGACGGCUUCAAUCAUAGUGGACCGCCGGUGAACGCAACGCCGGACCUCAUGAAGCUCUCCAGCUUGGAGACCUGGCCGAGACAUCCGUGAACGACAUCGUCCCCUUCGAGGGUAGCUGCAGGUAGCUACUGUCGGUACUGUCAGGGUGAUGCCUCAGGAUGCGUCUUGGCACAGAGGUCAACUUGAAAAGCACAGCAUCGAAUCAUAGAGCAGAAGGAACAUUCAUUGGCUCUGCCGCGUUCUGGAACUGGAUUGGUGACUACCAUAUUGAGCGGAAGAUCCGAGUG